AGAAACAUUAUAUUGUCCGUCAUUCGUGAGCGUCAGCCCAUCAAAUUACCCAGCAAUGACGGUCGCAUACCUACAGAGGCUCCGCCAAAUCUACCGUUCCACGGCGAUCGGCCACUCCAAGACCAUUUUCUCAAGGUGGUCGGCGUCAGCCACCACCUCGCUGGAAUCCUCAUCGUCAGCAUCCAAAAAGGUAUCAGAUCGCACCGUCAAACUGUUUGCGAUUGAUCCAGAGGGCACGAAGAAAGAGGUCGUCGGAUUAACCGGCCAGACUCUUCUGAAGGCGCUCGCCAAUCGAGGCCUGAUCGACCCCGAUUCCCAUCGAUUGGAAGACAUCGACGCCUGUUCGGCGGAAUGCGAGGUCAGUAUCGCCCAGGAAUGGCUCGAUAAGCUCCCGCCGCGGUCCUACGACGAAGAGUAUGUGCUCAAGAGGAACUCCAGGGCUAGGGUUUUGAACAAGCACUCGAGGCUUGGCUGCCAGGUUAUUCUCACUCCCGACCUUCAAGGUAUGGUCGUUGCGGUUCCCGAGCCCAAACCUUGGGACAUUCCUUAAUUUUUAACUCGUUUUUGGAACACUGGAUUCGUUCUUCGGCUUAUUUGGUUGUUUGUUUAUUUAAUAAUUGGUACCUUGAGAUGGUGCAUUUGGUGGACGACUUGUUGUCUCUGCGAAAGAUUAUCCUCUAAUUGCGUCGUUUCGAUGCUUCUAUUUUCUAGUUGUUCUGUCGUCAGCUUGCUAAAUGGGAUAUUUUUGUAUUUGGAUUUUCUGUACUUCUUUGUUACAGUGGAUGCAAACAUUUGCAGAAUGUAUAAGAAAUUGCCUAGCAAUUGUUAGAAUAUGAAAAUUUUGGGAGUCUUCAUUUUCCCUCUCAA